GAGGAAGUCGCGCAGAACAAGAAGCGGGCCGACGGAUCAAAAGUGAUCAGCGCAAACAAAACUUGCCCUCUUCUUUGCAUCUUUACUCCAUCUCAAUCCAAUUUACCCAGUUCUGGCAUUGGGUACACUCAAACUCCUUGCUUCUUGGAGAAGAUGUGGUCUACUGCUCGAGAAAUCGCCGCCGGCGACACGACGCGCGAUUUCAUCCAGCCGCUCGUCGUAACCCCGGGAAAAGAUCUCAACAACAAGUAUGGGAUGUACAAACACGAGGACUUCAUCGGGCUGCCUUACGGGUCGAAAGUGGGAUCGAGGACAGGGCGAGGGUUCAUCCACGUCUUACGCCCGACCCCAGAGCUAUGGACGCUCGCGCUUCCGCACCGAACGCAGAUAUUAUACAUCGCAGACAUCUCGCUUAUCGUCUCGUACCUCGAUAUUCGCCGAGGCAGCCGUGUUAUCGAAGCGGGAACGGGGUCUGGAUCCUUUUCGCAUUCGGUGGCGCGUACGAUAGGGCCCUUGGGUCAUCUGCACUCGUAUGAAUUCCACGAGGCCCGUGCCAACAAAGCCAGGCGCGUUCUUCGGCGGCCAUCAUCUGUCUGUCUGGAGGAGUUCUCGCAGCACGGAAUGUCAGAGUUCGUGACAUUGACUCAUCAAAAUGUAUGCAAGGACGGAUUCAAUUUGACGGACACGGUGGAUUCUGUUUUCCUUGAUUUACCAGCACCUUGGGAUGCCAUCGGGCACGCCAAACAGGCUAUGAGAAAAGACCGUGCGGCGAGAAUAUGCUGCUUUAGUCCGUGCAUGGAACAGGUAUUACGAACAGUCAGCGCGCUCAAUGAUGCUGGGUUCUCGGAGAUCACGAUGUACGAAACGCUCGUGCGCACACACGAUGUGUCGCAGGUCCCGGUGCUCCAGCCCAUCUCGGACGUCGUGGAGAAGCUGAAGAGGGCGGAGGGAAUCCGGGAGGUCAAGCGCCUGAAGCAGGUCGCCGCAGGACAGCGAAGCCGCGAGAACCCCCACGGGGAGAAACGAAAGCGGGACCAACCAGCUGGUGAAGGCUCGGAGCCCGAGGAUUCUGGCGGUAAGAGAUUGAAGACAGAGGAAGAAAUGGGGGGCGAUGAUGCAGCUCCAGAUAACGACGUUUCUGGAAAUGACGUCCGCUUGCCUGUUCCCCCUGCAAAAAUUAGCGUAUCGAAGGCCAUGGCUGAAGUCCGUGGCCAUACAUCUUACCUUACCUUUGCUGUUUUGUUACCGGCAGUGCCUUCAGCAGAGACACCUGUAGAAUAGUCCGUGUAUUACUAAUCAACUGACACUUCAC